AUGCUGGCUGAAGUUGUGUUUGGGCGAGCGGCGGAGCCGGGUGGAAGUGUUUUCCUCGCAUCCACAGUCUACAGAGUAUGGCAUGUCUCCCUCUGGCUGAAUUUGACGGACACUAACGGCUCUAGAUCACGGCAUGAACCGCUUUUCCCGGAGCAGACAUAUGAGGUACUUCGACUCAAUGGGAUGAAAGGCGAUGAUCCCCUGGUCGAAGUUAGGACCAACGAUGGCAGUAUCAAACAUGGAUACUGUACGUGGGUGGAUUUUGCGCAUAUGUCGCAAGCAUGGGAGGUAUACCUGAGGGGUGAAGGAGAGACUUUCAACCCAGGGGUCAAAUUGAUGAUUCUCAUAUACCGCAUGACAGGUAAACAGACGCGCAGGCAUUGGUACGGGCGAAUGAUUGUGGCGAACCCAGCCGCGGUGGACCGUAUCGAAAGUUAUCAGGGGCUCAGAUACGGGACUAUGUCGGGCGGUGAUACGCGCAGACCCUUGGCCGUUGCUUUGGUUAAGGGUAAAAGGGUGAAAGUUAUGUUCCCGAGUUUCGAUGUGUACCGGCAUUGCAAUGGAGCAGGCGAAACGCUCCGGGAGCGGCUGGAUAUUGAAAGAAGCAAACUGAAUCUAGGCGAAAUGCCCUCAUACGCACUGGCUGAGGUGAUUACUGGCGACUUCGAGACCGGUCCCACUGGAGUCAACUUUGCCCACUCGAUAGUGAAUGACCGGGGGCUCCCCAUCGGAGAGGAAGCAGACCGGCAGAAGAUCGAGGAAGCCACACGAGAUCUUACCGAAGAGAUCAUUCUUAAUGCAAAAUUGAGACUCGGAGGGGCGUAUCUCACAACGCUGCCAAGCGAGCUGUAUCCAAGGAUUGCGCCAGGGGUUUCUCCUGAUACUACGCUAUAUUUAUCUAUAUGCGUUACGGGGAAAGAACUGGAAGGUAAAGAUAGUUGUGAUUGUUAUGAGCAGGUCAUACCCGAAAGGCCUACGAAGUAUCUUGACUUCGUACAAAGAGACGGUAUACGGGUCUUUCUCAGAUACAUGACAAAGCCCAACGGAGCCACAUGCAUUAUGGCCUCAGAGCAAAGCGUAUUGGAUAAGUUUCGGAUGUUCCGGGGAUAUUUCUGUGAAAACCAGGUCGACAACCUUGAGUUGCGUUUUUGCGAGGAAGCUCUUCUGUCAAGCGAAAGGGAGGGUGCCAAGGCUUUGGAUGAAGCGGUGGCUGCGGCUGCUAUGGCUUGGCAAGAGCAAGCCAUAGCCGCAACCAAAAUGUAA